UACCCCCCCGGCCCUGACGUUUAGAAAAUCCUUUCAUCUUAUUCUCUUCUCUCCCGUACUCUCUCUUAUCUAUCUCUUUCUUUGUUAUCAGAGUUUUCUUCGCUGGGACGGACGACCUUGACGACGGCACCGACGGUCUUUGGACUCAUCGGAUCAUCUCAUCUUCUUCAACCGAACGAUUUCUGGUUUUCAUUCUCUAUUUAAUUGGCUUCUCAUUUUUAUAUAAUCUUUUUGCUGCCAUGGCUUCCGCAUCUGCUACUCUUCCCAAUCCCCCAGCUUCUAUCCACUCCAUCCCCUGGGAUAUCUGAAUACUUUUAACUUAUCAAUUUCACUGCUUCUGCUGGUUUCCGAUUAUCCAGGCAUUUAUGGAGGAUUAGUAUUCUGUAUCCAAGCUUUCAACAUUUUUUUUAGCUCCUAGGGUUCUUCAACUUUCUUGAAAUUUCUUUAUUCCUAUUUCUAUUCGGAGGCGGUAUUAGGGUUAGGGUUUCCGGUGGGAGGUUGCCGGAGGCGAAGAUCGAGGAUUGCCCGUGGUUUUGGGGUUGGUUGCGUUGUUGGAUUCUUGACGUGGAGCUUGGGCGGCGUGGGUUUUGGGGAUAAUGUGUAUACUGUGCGUGAUUCAGAAGUGGUCUCGCCGGGUUGCUACAAUGCUUCCUUGGUUAGUUAUUCCGCUGAUUGGACUGUGGGCGCUCUCUCAGCUUUUGCCGCCUGCAUUUAGAUUUGAGAUUACAUCACCCAGGCUUGCUUGUGUUUUUGUGCUUUUGGUUACCCUCUUUUGGUAUGAGAUUUUAAUGCCUCAGCUGUCAGCUUGGCGGGUGCGCAGGAACGCACGGCUUAGAGAGAGAAAGAGAUUUGAAGCUAUUGAGUUGCAGAAGCUCAGGAAAACAGCAACUAAACGAUGUCGGAAUUGCUUGACUCCAUACAAGGAUCAAAAUCCUGCCGGUGGGCGGUUCAUGUGCUCCUGCUGUGGUCAUAUUUCUAAAAGACCAGUUUUAGACUUGCCUAUACCACCGGGGUUUUCAAAUUCUGGGAUCAUUAAGGAACUUGUUGGAAAGAGUGGGAAAUUGUUGAACCAGAAGGUAUGGCCAGAUAAUGGGUGGAUAUCUGGCCAAGAUUGGUUGGAGAGCGGCGCUUGGGUUGGAAAGUCCGUUGCAGGAAAAUCUAGCUAUUGGAGGCGGAAUGGUUGUGGAGGAGAUGAACAUUGUUUGGCAGAAAAGUCAUACUCGGGUAUUGUGAUUUUCUGCUGUAAGCUUUUUACAUCUUUUUUCUUGAGCAUUAGAUGGCUUUGGAGAAAAUUGUUUAGGAGUUCAUCAAGAGAAGACAAUUUAUCUGAUUCUGAGCAUAGGGGGCUACUGGCCAAGAUGGGCGAGAAUGGGGGUAACUUCCCGGAGAGUAGGGUUGAAAAAGCACGCAGAAAAGCUGAAGAGAAAAGGCAGGCUAGAUUAGAGAGAGAAUUAUUGGAGGAGGAAGAGAGGAAACAGAGGGAGGAGGUUGCUAGAUUGGUGGAGGAACGGAGGAAAUUGAGGGAUGAGAAAAAGGGUGUUGAGAAGGACCGUGAUAGAACAUCACAACUUUUCAGAGAGAAGGAUGGGAAAAAGGAGGCUGAAAAGAAACGGCAGGAGAGGAGAAAAGAGAAGGACAAGAAUUCAAGUAAGAGUAAUUCAGAUGCAGAAGAGUUGGAGAAGAAAACUGGUAAAGAAACUGAACGAAAGCGAGAUUUGGAAAAAAAGAGUGAGACUGAUCGCCGCGAGGGUCACAAACUUGGGCCGGAGAGUGCUAAAGGCCAGAGCAUAGUGUGUCAUAGUGUAAAGAAUAUCCCUGGAAAUAAUUUUGGCCGAGGAUAUGCUGGUUCUAGGUAUCUUGAUCGUAUGCGGGGUACCUUUUUAUCUUCUUCUAAAGCAUUUGGUGGUGGUAGUUUGUUUGGAAAGGUCUAUAAUGCUCCAGCAUCUGUUGUUAAAGACAAGUCUAACAGUUCUGUGGAUCAUGUAAAUACCUCUGUUUCUACUAGAGAUAUGUCAUCUGAGCGUGCGAUUGGGAAAUCUGCUUUGAAUGGAGACGAUAAGAACAUCAACCAUCCAGUAUUCACUGAAUCACAAGCUGUUGUGGCACCUAAAAAAUCUUGGCAACAGUUAUUUACACGUUCACCAUCUGUUCCUUCAUCCACUAGUGCCAAUGUUAUAAGUAGGCCAGUAGUGAAGCCCUCGCCAGAUAUUAGCAAUCCACAACUUCCUGGGCAAGUUAUAGGGUCACAGUUGUCUGGGCAAGUUUCUAGACCCCAGUUACCUGGGCAGUUAUCAUCAACACAAUCAUAUGAUAAUCCUAUUAGUUUUGGUCUGCCAUCACCAUUUACCAUAUCCACAUAUCCUAAGGGUCCUACAAGUAGUAGUAUAGGUUUUUCACCUGUAAUUGAACCUCAUUUUUCUCAUGCUGCUGAAGGGUCCCAUGAAAGCAUGCCUGAGGAACCAGAGCUUUUUGAAGAUCCUUGUUACAUACCUGAUGUAGUAUCCUUGUUGGGUCCCGUGUCAGAGUCUCUUGAUGAUUUUCGGUUAGAUGUAGGAACUGGCUUUGUAUCAGAAAUUGGAAUGGAAAGACCACGGACUCUAAAGACUGCUUCUUCGGAAAUUAACAAACCAUCUCCAAUUGAGUCACCUUUAUCACGGGAAAAGCAUAACUGUUCUAAUCAUUUCCCCAGCACCCCAAAGGCAUUGGAUCUGAGAAGUCCUCCCAAGGAUGAAAUGAAUGCAAAUGAUAAGGGAACAUGGCAGAUGUGGAAUAGUUCUCCCUUUGGCCAGGAUGGUUUAGGUUUAGUAGGUGGCCCAGCUGGCUGGAUUCUUCCUGCUGAAUCUAAUAGACUAAAUAAGGAUGAUUUUUUCCACCCUCCUCAGAAAACUAUUCCACCAACAUUCAUUAAAGAGGAUCAAGUUUUGUCUGGCACACUUCCUUCUCAGAAUGUUUUCCUUGGUAAUGGCCAAAGUGUUGGGACAUUUAACCCAGUUAUGAGUUGCGAUCAUGAUCCAUGGUUAAAGAAGCCUUUCUAUCCGCCAUUGUCUAGAAGUGAGAACAAUUUCACUGUUGUGCCUCAGGAUGAAACUGUUCAGAAUGAAAUGAUAUAUGGUAGCCCCAGCAGAUCUUCCACUGGCCAUCCAUUUGAGCUGCCUGCCACUACCUGUUGGCCAAAAGAAUGGGAAGCACAAGGCUCAGGGAUGGGUGCUGGAAAGCCAUCGGUUGUGAAGCCGCCUGUUGGGGGUCUAUUUCCCUCACCAGAUGUACAGUCACUGUGGUCUUUUGAUAUGAAAACCGGAAACUAACACUAUAAAAAGAGCUUAUUAAAAAAAAAGGAAAAAACACGACUCCUGUUCUGGAGAGGCAAAUAGUCUCUUUGGUAUAUGGAGUGUUUAGAAGAAUACUGGAAUCCAAUGUCUCUCGUCCUCCUCUCCUCUUGUAAGGGAGAUUGAUGUUUACUUAGAGUAGCACGGAUAGGAAAUACACGUGGCAUGCAUUUAUUUGUGCAUCAGGUAACCGUAGGGGUCGUCAUCCAUAUAAUUCAUCAUAUUUUAAAAGCUUCUAUAACACUUGCUAGAGAGGAGGAGCCCCCCCUUUUUGAGGAAAAAAAAUAGAAUUUGUUCAUUGGAGCUAUAUUCCCUUCUCGCUCUUGCUUGCAUGCCUCACUACUAAUCACGUGAAUGUCAUCUCAAAGAUGUGUUGAUUAUACCAUUAGGUCAUCAAAUCGCUGGCUCGUCCUCUCAUAUAUAUAUUUAUUACACUCACUCAUCUUAAAGAAAUAGAGUUCACUCUCCUCUUUUGUCAGCAUGGAAAUUGAUAUAUGAUACUUGUUAUCCCCACUUUGAAGACACCCCUAAAUCCAACUUCUUCUCAUGUGUAUAAUUUUAGUGUAGUUUUCAGUUGCAUUGAAGAUGGGAUUUUAUCAUUUACUCUCCCUCUGAGCUGCAUAUGAACAUUUUGAUUCCUGUGCUGUUUGCUAUAUUUGAUUGGUUUCUAUGCCUUUGCCAUAUCCCAUUAACUGUAUCUCCAAAUUCAAUUAUAAAAUUUGAUUCAAGAGGAA